AUGACUAUUCUUCAAAUGACAGCUUCCAGUCCCAAAGCCGACCCAAUUGUCGUCGAAGGGACUUCCUUUGCCCUCAACGGCAAGAAUGUCUCGUACCGCUUCCACGUGGACGCUGCCACAGGGGAUCUUCUGCUGGAUCAUUUCGGCGAUCGCGUAACGGAAAACCCCGUCGCACAGAUCAUGUCCAACGGUGGCGGAUGGUCCACCCAAGCCCAUCUCCGCCGCGAGUUCCCAGACCUUGGCCGGGGAGACUUCCGCAUUCCGGCUGUGCACAUCAAGCACGCCAAGGGCUUCACAGUGUGCGACUUCAAGUACAAGUCGCACACAGUGGUCAAGGGGAAGCCCGCGCUGGAGAAGUUGCCCAGCACGUUUGGUUCGGACAGCGAUGUUUCGACGCUCAUCAUCCAUCUGUAUGACGACCAUAGUGCAGUUGCGGCGGACUUGUCCUACUCAAUAUUCCCCGCUUUUGAUGCCAUUGUCCGAAAUGUCAAGAUCACAAAUAACAGUAGUGAUGUCAUUAGUGUUGAGAAGUUGUCCAGUUUCAGCGUUGACUUCCCUCACGAAAACUAUGAGAUGCUGCAAUUGCAAGGCGAGUGGACCAGAGAGUGCAACAGGACUCGUCGAAAGGUUGAGUAUGGCGUUCAAGGCUUCGGAAGCACCACGGGCUAUUCAUCCCAUUACCAUAACCCGUUCUUGUCAAUGAUCUCCCCCACUACAACCGAGUCAAGCGGAGAGGCCUGGGGCUUCUCACUUGUCUACACUGGCUCUUUCAGCGUUGAAGUCGAGAAGAGCCACCAGGGCUUGACUCGCGCGCUUAUUGGCAUGAACUCUUGCCAGCUAUCUUGGCCCUUGAGACCAGCCGAGUCUUUGCAAUCGCCAGAAUGUGUUUCCGUCUUCUCCAACCUCGGUAUUGGAGAAAUGUCUCGCAAAUUCCAUCGCUUAUAUCGCCAGAAUCUCAUUCGAAGCAAGUUUGUCACUGAGCCCCGGCCUGUUUUGCUCAACAGCUGGGAAGGCCUUUACUUCAACUUUGACGAGACAACAAUCUACAAGCUCGCUCAAGAAUCAGCAAAGCUAGGUGCCAAGCUCUUUGUUCUUGACGAUGGCUGGUUCGGAGACAAGUACCCUCGUGUGGAUGACCACGCUGGCUUGGGUGACUGGGUAGCCAACCCUAAGAGAUUCCCGCAUGGCCUGGACUCGCUUGGAGAGAAAAUAACCAAACUUCAAGUCACUGGCUCAGAUGAGAAGCUUCAAUUCGGACUCUGGUUCGAACCGGAGAUGAUCAACCAGAAGUCCGAGCUCUACGAUAAGCAUCCUGAGUGGGUGUUGAGUGCAGGAAAUCACACCCGCAGCGAAACACGUCAGCAGCUUGUGUUGAAUGCAGCACUUCCAGAGGUCCAGAACUAUAUCAUCGACUCGGUCGCUAAAAUACUAGAUACUGUUCCUGUCACUUAUGUCAAAUGGGACAACAAUAGAGGCAUGCACGAAAGCCCAACGCCCGAUAACCACCACGCCUACAUGCUCGGCAUAUAUCACGUCUUUGACGUGCUGACCACUCGAUUUCCCGACGUCCUCUGGGAGGGCUGUGCCUCUGGCGGCGGCCGGUUCGACCCUGGCAUCCUGCAGUACUUCCCACAAAUUUGGACGUCCGACAACAUGGACGCUUUCGACCGCAUCCAUAUCCAGUUUGGUACAUCUUUGGUCUAUCCUCCCUCAACAAUGGGCGCACACGUAUGUUCAUCUCCAAGCGAUGUGACCGGGCGCUCAUUUCCACUGCGCUUCCGGGCUCAUGUCGCGAUGAUGGGAGGUUCGUUUGGAUUUGAACUGGACCCCGGCCAUAUGCUCGAAGAAGAGAAAGCGCAGAUCCCAGAAUUGAUCGCACUUGCGGAGAAGAUCAACCCGAUUGUCGUCAAUGGAGAUAUGUGGAGAUUGGUACUACCAGAGCACUCUAACCACCCAGCCGCACUUUUCAUUUCACAAGAUGGAAGCCAGGCUGUUCUAUUCGCUUUCCAGACUAGAUCGACUACUGUUCUCAACUACCCCCUUCUUCGCUUAGCUGGCCUGGACCCUGCUGCGAGGUAUAAGCUGGAUGGUGGUGAGACAUACUCUGGUGCCACGUUGAUGAACGGUGGUAUCCAGUAUCGGUUCGAUGCAGACUAUGAUAGCAAAGUUGUAUUUCUUGAGAAAGUUUAG